AUGGAACCCAAAAGAGCACUAGAUAAAACCUCAGAUGGUGGCGCAGCCGUAAAGCGCCUUAUGGAUGAGCUCGAAGAUCACCGCUUGCUAAAACAACAUCAUUGGUUUCUCCCCCUUUAAUACUCGUAGGCCCCGGGGAAACCCCAUGCUUUUUCGAUGUUUUUGUUGCACUCGCGAGACUUUCUGACCUUCAAGAACAACGCCGCUUUCUUCCGUGAGCGUAUGAAUGAAGGAGAGUUUGCUUAUGCUCUCUAUGCGGCGGUUACCCACUCUUAUUUAACACGAUAUGUGGUCUUACCACCUCUGUAUGAAGUCACCCCUCAUUUGUUCACAAACUCAGAGGUAAUUAGCAAAGCUUAUACUGCUAAGAUGACGCAGACACCAGGCAUCUUUAAGAUGGAAUUUACUGGCAGCAAGAAAAACCCUGAGCAGCGUGUGGCCUACUUCGGUGAGGACGUGGGUAUCAACUCUCACCACGUCCACUGGCAUUUGGACUUUCCCUUCUGGUGGACAGGAGAUAAGAUUGACCGCAAGGGAGAGCUUUUCUUUUGGGCUCAUCACCAGCUCACUGCCAGAUACGACGCUGAGCGCCUUUCAAACCAUCUACCUCCAGUAGAUGAACUCUACUGGGACCGCCCUAUUAAGGACGGAUUUGCUCCUCACACUGUCUACAAAUAUGGAGGGGAGUUCCCCACUCGUCCAGACAACAAAGAGUUCGAUGAUGUAGAAGGUGUGGCCCGUAUUCGUGACUUAAAGGUAUUAGAAAGUAGAAUUCAUGAUGCCAUUGCUCAUGGUUACAUUUUUAACGCAGAUGGCACCCACACAGACAUCGACAAUGACCACGGCAUUGACAUCCUAGGUGACAUCAUUGAGUCUUCCGCUUAUAGCACUAAUGUUGCAUACUAUGGCGCGCUACAUAACCAGGCUCACCGUGUCUUGGGUGCACAGGCUGACCCUAAACAUAAGUUCAACUUACCACCAGGAGUCAUGGAACACUUUGAGACUGCAACCCGCGACCCAGCAUUCUUCCGGCUCCACAAAUAUAUAGACGGUAUCUUCAAGGAACACAAGGACAAGUUACCACCCUACACCGAGGAAGAUUUACUCUACAGUAAUGUCAGGAUCACUGAUGUUGAGGUCAGCGAACUCUCUACCUACUUCGAAGAUUUUGAGUUUGACUUGACUAAUGCUCUAGAUACAACAGAGAACGUUAAUGAAGUUUCUGUCAAAACCCGUGUAUCACGCCUGAACCAUAAACCAUUCAGCAUGAACAUUCACGCCCACGCUGACCACGACGAUAAAGUCACAGUUCGAAUCUACAUAGUACCUAAGUACGAUGAGAAUCAUAUCGAGUGUGACAUCGACGAGUCUCGCUGGGGAGCCAUCUUGCUCGAUACCUUCUGGACCGAAGUACAUGCUGGAGAUAACGAAAUCAAGCGUAAGUCCUCAGAGUCAUCAGUGGCUAUUCCUGAUCGCGUGUCCUUCCCUCAACUGAUCCACGACGCUGAUGUGGCUGUAGCCAACCGCGCUGAGCUGCCUCAUAAGGACACUCGAUCUUGUGGUCACCCCCAGAGGCUACUGCUGCCCAAGGGUACUAAGGAAGGCAUGGAAUUUUGGCUUGACGUCUUUAUUACCAGCGGAGAUGACGCUGUCCAUGAUGACUUAGCAGUUCACGACCACGGCAGUACUCAUGGUUAUUGCGGUAUCCGUGGGGAGAAGUACCCUGACAAGCGGCCAAUGGGCUUUCCCCUUGACCGUCGUAUUCCCGACAUCAGAGUCUACAAGGUGCCCAACCAGCAUGGCCAUGUGGUCAAGAUUUUCCAUCACUGAACAACAUUUUAGGGUAUUCUUGAAUUCGAAUAUUCACGUGGAAAAUUUAGUUUAUACAAAUAAAUUGCUUAUAUUAAAAUUAAUAACUAAUAAAAUUUAAAAUUGUAGCAAUGCAUACUGACUAUCAAUAAAACGCAAAGAUUU